AUCUUUUCUCUCCAUUUAUUCCUUGAGUAUAAAUAUUUCGUCUCUUGAAGCUUCUCUGUUUCUCCAUUGUUCGAGCCUUUUCAACCUGAGAAUUUUUUUUUGCCACAGACCAAACUUUUGCAGGGAAGAAGAAGAAGAAAGAAAUGGCGAGGGUUCCAAAGAUUGCAAAAGCUGCUAACAAAGGUCCAAGUGUAGUCAAAGAGAUAAUCUACGGGAUAUCCCUCGGCCUUAUAGCGGGAGGGUUAUGGAAAAUGUAUCACUGGAACAGCCAGAGACAAACAAAGGAGUUCUAUGAAUUGCUGGAGAAGGGAGAGAUCAGCGUUGUCGUCGACGAAGAUAAGUGAUCGCGUAUGUUUCCUUCUCUACGAUAUUUAAUGCGUUUCGCCUUCUUAGUAGCAGAGGAAGCAAGACAAAGUGAGGCAUUUAGUAUGUGUGUUGCAAGAUAAACGUCGCAUGUUCUCUUCUCUGCCAUGUUUUGAACUAGUUUUCGUGGUAAUAAAUCUGAAUCUUGGAAAUGCAAAUGUUUUGAGUUCAAGAUCAAGAACUGCUGGAACGCGUGCACUGAACUUUCAGAUGCUUGGACAUGGUUUCCUGAUUACUGGUGUUUUGUAUCUUGAUGAAGAUGUUGUCGCUUUAAAUGAAUAAUCCUCUGCAGCAUCGAGUUUUCGACGAUUUGCAUACAGAGGCCCAAAAAAAAAAAAAA